ACCACCUGAAAUGACAUGUCCAAAUAAUAUGACUGUGGAUACUGAUUUGGGUUCACCAACGGUGGCGCUCGAUUAUUCAAGUUCAAUAAUCAAAAGUGACAACUCAGGUGAAUUAACCAUUUCUCCUGAUCUCAAUAUAACAUUUCCAGUUGAUAUUGGGAUUGGAGCUACCCAUUUCACGUUUACAGCAACAGAUUCGUCGGGAAAUUAUAAGACGUGUACGUUUACGAUAACGGUUCAAGAUACAGAGCAACCUAUACUGACAUGCCCGUCUAACAACACUGUGCUUACAGACAUAGGUGUUGCAUUAGUUGACUAUUCAGGUUCAAUAACGGUUAAUGACAACUCAGGAGAAGUUAUUACCCUCUCGCCUGAUCCAUAUGUAGAGUUUCCAGCAUAUAAUAGAAUUGGAAUACACAACUUUACAUUUACAGCUACGGACUCGUCGGGAAAUUUUGUUAAUUGUACAUUUACAAUAACAGUUGAAAGUUAGUAUAAUCACGACUUGUAUUAUUAAGAAUUGUCUAAGAAUUGAAUGUAUAGGAUGUAUUCUAAUUAAUGUGUUGUCUGUAACAGCUAAUCCAAUUAGCUAACUAGAAGAAUCAUAUAUCUACAGAGUAAAACAAAAAGUUUAACGUAGAUAUGAGCCGCAUAUAGAUAUAGAAAAUACUGAAGUAAAGGUAAAUAUCAGGUAGUAGUAGCGCACUAGAUUUUACAGAAUAUAGACAGUGACUUAACGAUGGG